AUGAACGACGACCCUCCAACCGAGAGAGACUCGACGCUACUGGACCCCAACAACAGCAGUAUAAAUCGCGGAUCGGAGGAGGGCCCGUCAAGAAUGUCCUACAACACCAAGGACGACUUGAUUGUUGUUGAGUCGGGGUCAGAGGAGCCGGAGUCGUCCGGUGUGCAAGUGCCAGACGGAGGCGUCAAGGCAUGGCUAACCGUCGCUGGGGCUUGGUUCGUCCUGUUCGCGACAUUCGGCUACCUGUACAGUUUUGGUGUCUACCAAGACUACUACACGCGUGAAUACUUGUCAAACCAUACACCGAGCAGCAUUGCAUGGAUCGGCAGCGUUCAGCUCAUGAUGCCCUUCCUCGUCGGCGUCGUCUCUGGCAAAAUGUUCGAUAGCGGCAAGUUUCACUUGGUGGAGAUACUUGGAGGCCUUAUCUUCGUCUUCUCCGUGUUCAUGUUGUCGUUGGCGAAACAGCACCAGUACUACCAAAUAUUCCUCAGUCAAGGAAUCGGUAUGGGAAUCGGACUUGGCCUCACUUUCGUCCCAACUGUCUCAAUCAACGUUCACCAUUUCCGGAAACGGAGGGCACUGGCGGCCGGAAUUGGCUUGAGCGGAAGUUCGACUGGUGCUACCAUCUUUCCAAUCAUGAUCAACCACCUCCUCCCCAAAAUUGGCUUUGCGAGCACUGUCCGUGCCACGGGAUACAUCGUCCUUGGAUUUCUCCUGAUCGGAAACGCGUUAAUGAGGACGCGUCUGCCUCCUCGCCAAAAGAAGCCAGCGAAUCUGAAGAGCUUCUUCGAUCUGGGGUAUUCCUUCGCGGUUAUUGGCGCGUUGAUCAGCACCUUGGGCUUCUAUUUCCCUGUGAUUUACCUGCAGCUGUUCGCGGUCCAGCAUUCCGUCGACAGCAACCUUGCGUUCUACUCCAUUGCAAUUCUCAACGGCGCUAGUGCAUUUGGCCGUGUCUUGGGCAACCAUCUUGCAGAUGUCUACGGCUCGUAUAACAUCCAGAUCCCAUGUGGAUUGAUGACGGGCGGGGUCAUUCUCGCGGUUCUUGGAGUCCAUGACCGCGCGUCGUUAGUUGUCGUCAGCGUACUAUACGGCGCUCUUUCUGGUGCUUGGCUAUCAUUAGCGUUCGCCGUGCUCUCCACCCUCGCAAGGAGCGACGACGAAGUCGGCGCGCGAAUUGGCUUGGCCCUUGCGCUAAGCAGCUUUGGCUCGCUCGGCUCUGCCCCCAUCCAGGGUGCUUUGCUAACUGACCACUUCCACUGGACGCGGCCCAUUGUGUUCUCUGGCGUCGCGAUGUUUGUCGGCGGCGCGUGCUUCUGGGUCACGCGCAUGACUCAGGUGAAGCGGCUCAAGACGCAGAGGGUAUGA